AUGGUGAGCCUCGAAUCGGAGGUGGACACUUAUGAACCAACGAUGAGGGAAAAGAUUCCUGCGUGGGGGGUGAGGGAUGGUACGGUGUGCCUCUCGAAUGAUGUAGAAGGUUCGAAGCGGAAAGACGGAUCGUAUGUAAAAGGAAUUGAGGAUUUAAGGAGUGCGGAAAGGCACGGGUUGGAGAUCAUGAGACUGGAGAAGAAACGAAGCUCGAGAAAAUCCUGCAAGGAACUGGAAAAGUACUUGAAUGUCAGUGACCAAGGUGGUCUCCAGGUGGGUGACGUCAGCGGUGAAGUCUUGACGUGUGUGACUUGGGCCCAUCGAAGUUUCGAGAAGCUUCGAUCGAACAGCAACUCGGCCAAUUCGACGAGAAAUGCUCAGGGGAAGGGUUUAAAUACUAUUUAG